CAAUGAGGUCUAGACUUGGUCCUACAAUGCCGCCACCACCGAUUAAUGUGAGGAAUACGAUAGACAGAGCAGACUGGAGUAAUCGCCAACCAACUACAACACCUGGAAGAACACCAACUAGUGCAACACCUUCUGGAAGGACACCUGCUCUGAAGAAGCCAAAGGCCAACGAACCAAAUAAAAGAGAUAUGACAUAUGAGGAGAAGCAGAAGCUAAGUGGCCACUUGCAAAACUUGCCUCCAGAUAAACUAGAUGCAAUUGUACAAAUUGUUAACAAGAGGAAUACUGCUGUGAAGCUACGGGAUGAAGAAAUUGAGGUUGAUAUUGAUAGUGUUGAUCCAGAGACCUUGUGGGAGUUGGACAGAUUUGUAACCAACUACAAAAAGGGCUUGAGCAAGAAAAAGAGAAAAGCUGAGCUAGCUAUUCAAGCUAGAGCAGAAGCCGAGAGGAAUAGCCAACAACAGAUG